UGUCUUCUUCCGGUUUCCGUAAUCAUGUGGGAAUGUUAAAUGUAGGAAUGUUGACUAGCCGAAGAUUAGUGAAGGCGGUGUUGCCCCUGACGUUGCCCGGGUCUCUGGUCCUCGUGUCAGGACGGGUUUUUGCUGCUGAUGAGAAUGAAGAAAGCGAGUCGCCUCUGCUCACAGAUGAGCUCUCUCUGUACAGCACCCCACACACUCGAGUGCCACACGUGAAGCCAGAAGUCGGCUCCAUGGAGCAGAGUGUAGCGUCUCUGAGGAAGUCAGCAGAGCCAUACACAGCAUGGUUUCAGGAAAAGUCCUCAUACGCCCUGGAUAAAGCAGAGGAGUAUUAUAAGACCAUUGAGCCUGUCAUCGAUGCGUCUGUACAGACUGUGGGAGACACUUAUGAGUUUCUAUUGAAUCCUCCAUCCAAGUUCUACCCAAGUAUCGGUGCUGUGGGAUUUUCUGCGAUUCUCGGACUUUACCUUGUUAAAGGUGGCAGAGUGAAGCGACUUCUCUUCCCGACUGGACUGAUGACUCUGAGUGCCUCUGUGUUUUACCCACAGCAGGCUGCCUCUCUGGCCAAGGAGGCCAAAAACCAGAUGUUCAGUUUGGGUUCACAGACACGCGUGUUUAUGGAGGACGUGUGGAAGAGAAUAUCACCUGGCAAGGAGAACUAAAGAGUCACAGGAGAAAGACAUGAAGUAUUAAUAAGGAAAGAAAAUUCAUCUCCAGCUGAAAGAGACUCGACACUGCUUCGUUCCUCUCUAUCUAUUUUUAAUUUACCCGUUUUUAAUUUAAUUUACUCCGCCCACUCAACAUUGUGUGUUCAGUAUAUAAAUCAGUACAGAACUUCUCUACUGCUGUGUAAACUGUAUUACUGUCUGUCUGCUUUAUUUCAUGCCAAUUAUCGUAGUUUGCUUUAUGUAGCGCAGAAGUUUCCCCUUAACUUUUGAAGAAACGGAUUCGAUUUGAAAAUCAGAGUUUGACAGAUGAACUCGAAAACGUAUCAUGAAUUUAAUUACAAGUGUGUGUGUUCAAACUGUAUGUAAACUUUGUUCAUAUUUCUAUACAGUGUUUAUUUUUAUUUUAUAUAAGUUGUUUAUCAAUCUGUAAUGAAGUGAAAAAUCAAUCUCAGUAAAAGAUUUGUUGUAAAAUUGUA